AGUUUAUAAGUAUCAAGUUUAAUGAACGCCAUUUUAGUCACGAAUUUUAAUUAGGCACGAGCAAGCUUGCGAGCAAGUGUUUAAUUAAAUGAGAGUCUAGACAAGUUUAUGAACGAGUUGCAUACUAUACUUUUUCUACGACAAAUACUUAUUAUUAUCUAAAAAUUAUUUAAAUUAAAUAUUUGUAUAGAGGGACAUUUAUAAAAUAAUAGAGUAACCACUUCAAGAUAACUUGGGAAUCUGUAUUACCGGCGCACCGGUGAAAAUGUCAAAUUUUUAAUGUGUCAAAAUUUUUAUUGUGUAAAACGAAAUGUAUUUUUUGAAAAUGGACUAACCACCCAUUAAAUCCCAUAUAGAAGAAGUUUUUUAUGGUGAAAGUGAAGAUAAUGUUUUAUUUUCUUUAAUUUAAUUUUUAUUGGUUAAUCAGUUAAAUCUUUACAUGAAAGGCACUUUAUUUUAACGAUUGUAUGACAUUUGGCAACUGUUAACUAACUUCAGCCCGUAACUAAAAACCUGUUGGUAAGUUACCAAUGGUAACUUCAGUCAGUGACAAAAGUAGAAAAAAAACUACGAAAAAUGCCGCACCAACGCUAAAAUUAAAACAAUAUAAUAAAAAAAGUAAAGUGAAAAGUAACAAACAAAAAACAAUAUUCAAAUUAAUUUUAAAAUUGAAUUAAUGUCCUAUUUUUGUUUUUCGUGGUAACCAUAACAAGAUAAGUUCGUGUUUUAAAUAGUCGACUAUUUGAUCAAAUUUAAAAAAAAAUUGUGAGCAAAAAAUGAUUAUUAAAACUACGACUAUAUAUUUGUUUUUACUUUUAAUAAACAAUUCUCUAGGUGAAGACUUUGAUGUCCAUGGCUCUAUAGAUGAAAUUGCUGACUAUUAUGGAUACCAAACGCAAAAUUUUACAGUACAAACUGAUGAUGGAUUCAAUCUUAUAAUAUUUAGAAUAAUGUGCAAAGACAAUUGCACAACAUCUAGUACACCUAAACAACCAUUGGUUAUCUGGCAUGGUUUUUUGUUAAAUGCCAGAUUUUAUGUACUAAAUGGAAAAAAUUCAAUUGCUUUUCACUAUGUUGAUAAGGGUUACGAUGUCUAUUUAGCCAAUACUAGAGGAACUAUAUAUUCAAAUCACAUUAGUUUAAGUCCCACAAGUGCAAAAUAUUGGGACUUUGGUUUUGGUGCAUUGGCAAAAAACGAAAUAAGGAAAGUUACAAACAAAAUUUGUCAAAUGACAAACCAAAAACUAAUCACCAUGGCCUAUGCUACUUCGACCAAUGCUGUGGUUGCCUAUGCUGCGUUAUUUCCAGAAGAAGUCGCCCAAAACCAUAAAGGAUUUAUUCUUUAUGGAGUCACAGUUAACAUAUUUCAAACUAGAUCCAUUCACUUUCCGAUAUUGGGUGUUAUUGCCGACCCUUUUAGAGACGCUACUUAUUUGCUUGAGAUAAAAUACUUGGACACUUCGUUUACUCAAAAUUGUCAAUACGAGCCUUAUUUUCCAGCCUGUAAUGCUUAUAUUAACACUGUUUUGGGUGAAUCUGACCAUAUAGAUGUAAAGCUUUCUUUUCCAAAAUUUUUUGGCGAAGGCACCGAGCCAAUACCCACAAGUUUAAUAGUGAAUUUGGCUCAAAUAAUUCAACACAAAGGAGUCUUUCAAGAUUUGGAUUAUGGAGUGCUUGGAAACUUGCAUCAUUAUAAUCAAAUAAAUGCCCAAGUUUUUGAUUUAAACGCUAUACGAGAUAUUAGAAUUGACAUUUUAUGCACAAAUGAUAAUGAGUUUACUUGUGCUGAUGAAAUCGCUGACUAUUAUGGAUACCAAACGCAAAAUAUUACAGUAAAAACUGAAGAUGGUUUUAAUCUUAUAGUAAUAAGAGUAAUGUGCAAAGACAAUUGCUCAACAUCAAGUUUAAAUAAACAACCUAUGGUGUUAUGGCCUGGACUUUUGUUCAAUGCAAGAUUCUAUGUUCUAAAUGGAAAAGAUUCAAUGGCUUUUCACUUUGUUAAUGAGGGAUAUGAUGUCUAUUUAGCCAAUUAUAGAGGAACUAUAUAUUCAAAUAACACCAACUUAAGCUCUUCAAAUGCUAAAUAUUGGGACUUUGGUUUUGGUAUAUUGGCCAAAAACGACAUAAGACAAGUUACAAAAACAAUUUGUGGACUGACAAAACAAAAAUUAAUUAGUUUGGGUCAUUCUACCACUACAAAUGCCUUGGUUGCAUAUGCUACAUUAUAUCCUCAAGAAGUAGCUCAAAAUCAUAAAGGAUUCAUUCUAGAUGGCGUUACAGUAAAUAUAUACCAAACCAAUACUAUUUAUUUUCCGAUUUUGGGUCUCCUUGCUAACCAAUUUAGAGAUGUUACCUAUUUGCUUAGUUUACGAUCUUUGGAUACUUCAUUUACUAAAAUUUGUCAAUACAAAAUAAGUUUUCUAGCUUGCGAAGCCAUUAUUAGAUUGGUUUAUGGUGAAUAUAAUCAUAUAGAUGCAGAAGAUUCCUUUCCAAGAUUUUUUGGCGAAGGCACUGAAGUUAUACCCACAAGCAUAAUGGUAAAUUUGGCUCAAAUAAUUAAACAUAAGGGAGUCUUCCAAGAUUUGGAUUAUGGAUUACUUGGAAACCUGGUUCACUAUAAACAAAUAAAUGCCCCAGUUUUUGAUCUAAACGCCAUUAAAGGCAUUAGAAUUGAUAUCAUAUGCACAGACGAUAAUGAGUACACUUGCACCGAUGCAAAAUCUACUUAUGAUUACUUAUCUGUGAGCAAAUCCUACACAUAUUUACCAAAUAACGAAAAAUGUCCAGGACAUUUAAUUCAUUAUAACUAUUUUAUAUGUGACAAUAUGAAUGUAAUGUCAGUUAUUACUGCAGCUGUAAAUAGGACCGCGCUUCCUGCCAAGAAACAAAAGAAGAAAAAUGGGAGUAGUGGAAGACGACGACAGGCAGGCAGGCGAGCAGGCUAA